AGUGCAGAGGUUAAAGCCUCAGAGGUACAGCAAUACUAUUUAUAAUCUCCAGCAAUGUACUGACAGAUUUCAAAGUCUGAUUUCAGCCCUUUAAAGGCCAUCUCAAAAAAAAAGGGUAGCCCUAGAAAUGAGGAGAAGCUGACGUUUUCUCUCGUUACUGUGAAGCAGAGGACAUUGCUGAAGCUAAAGAGCAUUACUGCAGAAUAAAUAUGUUAAGCAAUGCGGGAAACCAGAUGAAGCCUUAAAUGAAAACAUUCAUGUUAAUGUUUAACCCCUUUCACUUAGGGGAGCUCUCUGCCCCUGCGACAGAAUGAAGAAUGCUGUCUGAAUUCUGCUGAAGGACAAUGGGACUCUCAAUUUAUUUUUAUUAUGCUGCCGUCUCCUGGCUAAUUUUGUACAAGAGGGAAGAGCGCUGCUGACAGAACAGAGAAGCAAAAUGGAUGAACGCUCCACCUAACACACAACUCCACUUUCUGGAAUGCUGAGCAGAACAGAGGCAUUCUUCCAGCAUGAAAUCCAGUGCAUACCAGCAGACUGUUUCAUGGCUCUGCAAGUACCAUUUCCAUGGCUGAGUACAUUGCAGCAUGAUCAUGGGCACACACAGUCCCUCCUGAUAGUCUGAAGCUUUAUCACACUACAAUGAGAAGACAGUGUCUGGAAAAUAAAAGAUGAACCCGCUUGAUGCAACAAAAUCAGGAUUUUUAGUGUGCAUUGCUGUCUGCAUGUUCAUCUACACUUUCAUCUACCUAAAAGAUACACUUUCUGAAGAGCCAAAUGCACAAAAAUUUAAUGCAAAUAUAGCAGAGUGUGGGUUUUACCCAGAUGAACUUUGUUCAGCUCUUUUUGUGGGGAAAAAUGCUGCCUUUAAAAUUGGAAGCUUCUGUCAGAAUAUCCACCAACCUAAAACACUCAGCUGCAUUCAGACUUCAUGCAACUGCUCCAUGCUUUUGAAGACCUUGCAUUUUAUUACAAAACCACUGUCAGAUGAAGAAGGAAAUUUCUCAUUGGCAUACAUUAUCACAAUUCACAAGGAGCUGGAAAUGUUUGUAAAGCUCCUAAGAGCUAUAUAUAUGCCUCAGAAUAUUUACUGCAUACAUGUGGAUGAAAAGUCACCAAAAGAUUAUAAGGCUGCUGUACAAAACAUUGUCAAUUGCUUUGAAAAUAUUUUCAUUUCCUCAAAAAGAGAAAAUGUUGUUUAUGCAGGAUUUUCAAGAUUACAAGCUGAUAUUAAUUGCAUGAGAGAUCUAGUUAAUUCCAAAAUUCAGUGGAAUUACGUUAUUAAUUUAUGUGGUCAAGAUUAUCCCAUUAAAACAAACAGAGACAUUAUAAGAUACAUCAAAAGUAAAUGGAAUGGUAAAAAUAUGACCCCUGGGAUAGUCCAGCCACUUCACAUGAAACACAGAACACAGGUUAGUUACAGAGAAUAUGUACGUUCUGGAGUGUCGUAUGUGUAUCCAACCAAGAAUAUAAAAGCUAAACCUCCACAUAAUUUGACAAUAUAUUUUGGUAGUGCCUAUUACAUACUCACUAAAGAAUUUGUAGAGUUUACAUUGACUGAUGCACGUGCAAAAGAUUUACUUGAAUGGUCAAGAGACACGUACAGCCCGGAUGAACACUACUGGGUCACACUGAAUCGUUUGACUGAUGCUCCAGGGGCUACACCCAACGCAGACUGGGAAGGAAACAUUAGAGCCAUUAAGUGGAAGGAUCAAGAAGGAACCAUACACAAAGGCUGCAAAGGUCAUUACAUCAGAGACAUUUGUGUUUACGGACUGGGGGAUUUGCAGUGGAUUAUUGAGUCACCUCAUUUGUUUGCCAACAAAUUUGAGCCUGCAACAUAUCCACUGGUCAUGGAUUGCCUAGAGAGACGUUACAGGCUCCAAGUAUUGCACCAGGCACAAGUCCCAAUCGAAGAUCACUGGCGUUUUCAGGAGGAGAGCUAUUUCAACAUGAAGCUGAAUGUUUGAGCUUAACAAACAUCAAAACAAGUGCUCAGAACACUGGCAGAAACUAUUAACAUUUUUAGCUGUAGACUUCACUCUGUGCGUUGCAGCUUAAGGGGUAAGCACAAUACUGUAAUAGUGAAAUAAACAACUUUUUAUUUAUUACAGUAUAGGGCAACGUUUGCUAAUGGGUUAAUCCUCCAGGAAAACGAUGUAUCUAAAUCUAUAAUUUCCUGAUUCAAGGGGGGAGAUCAUAACACUUGUGAGUGAAUUAUUUAACUGGAAAAAAAUAUAUAUAUAGUCCUCGUGUCUGCAGCCAAAAAAAAAGGACUAACUGGCAUGAAAAUAAUAAAAUUGCUACAAUAACUGAACAAAGACUAAAUAUGAAGAGCAUGAGUUAAAGUCACAUCUAUUGUAUUGUCAAUUCUGUAACAGAUUAUUUUGACUAAUGAAUUCAAUGCUGAAAAUACAGAGAUUGCAGAUAAGCAAGUGACAACCAGUUUCAUACACAGUCCAUUUCACUUUUUUCCCCCCUCCUCUCUCCACUGCCAGACACAUCUCUAAUUUCAUUGUGUAGCAUGGCAACAUCACUCCUGCACUACUCAGCCUUUGUUCCUAAUGAAAAGGCUCCAUGUGCCAAUAACAGCAGUGGAGUUUACCUUUAAAUUGCUUUUUUCUGAGUCUCUGCAGGAGUUCAGGGCAAGGAGACAUGAGAAAUUUGAGGCCAGGGAACAAAGGGAAAAGGAGGUAAAAUCCAUCUUUCAAUCUCAGUGUAUCUGAUGGAAGGAAACAGAUUCCCUGAACCUUACACUAAUGGGAAGCAAUUGGAGAUAAUUCCUAGCAGCAACCAGGGCAAGCAUCUCAUUUCCCAAACCCUCUGCAGAGCAAAUGCAGUACUUGCUGUUCUAUGGUAAGGAAAUGGCUUUCAACACACAAUACAGGCAAAACCAGGGAAUAGGAAUUAAAAAAAACCCAACCAAACAAA